CCUGUGAUCCUCUUAUGUACUAGAAGGCGGCUAAGAUGGAUACUGUAAACCAGUUGGUGGCAACAGGGCAGUUUGGUGUCUUCAAGCAACCCAUCGCAUUUAUAAAGGUUUUGCAAUGGAUAUUUUCUAUCUUUGCGUUCUCCACGUGCGGUGGCUACUCGGGCAAGUUCGAGCUGAGCGUGGAGUGCAAGAACAGGUCAGAGAGUGACCUGGCCUUAGAGGUGGAGUUUGGAUACCCCUUCAGGCUGCACCAGGUGUACUUUGACGCGCCCACCUGUAGGGGGGAGAAACCCGAGCGACUCUUCCUGGAGGGAGACUACUCGGGCUCGGCCGAGUUCUUCGUCACCAUUGCAGUCUUCUCCUUCCUCUACUCUAUGGCUGCCCUCUCCAUUUACCUGUUCAUCAUGGAGAAGUACAGGGAGAACAACAGGGGCCCUCAGGCGGACUUCGUCGUCUCGGCGGUAUUCACCUUCAUGUGGCUGAUCUGCUCUUGUGCCUGGGCGAAAGGCCUGUCCAACGUCAAGGUGGCCACGGACCCCGAAAAUGUCAAGACGCUCAUCGAGGCCUGUGACAAGGAGGAGAACCGCUGCCGUGAGGUUGCCGACCCGGUGGUGUCCGGCCUCAACACUUCAGUGGCGUUUGGCUUCAUCAAUCUGAUCCUGUGGGGAGGGAACCUGUGGUUCCUCUUCAAGGAGACGGGCUGGAUGACAGCCUUCGCUGGCACCUAUGUGCCCUCGGGCGAGAAGCCCCCUGCGCCCGACGCCUUCGGCCAGCAGGGCUACGGAGAAGGCUACGGCCAGCAGGACCAAUACGCCGGCUCCCAGGGUGGGUACCAGCCCGAAUACGGCCAGGAAGGCGGCUACAGCGAGGGGGGCUACAACCAGGGCGGCUAUGAGCAGGAGCCUACUUCCUUCUCCAAUCAGUAGUGAGCCUGGAGGAAGACUGACAGCUCUGUUGAGGGGGUGGAGUUAUAAUUACAGCAUGUGGGACCUGCCAGCUACCCACAAUCCCUCACUCCUCCAUCUGUCUGUUUGUUUAUAUGUAAGCUGACCAAUGAAUGAGGGGGGGAAAGGGGUAUUGGGAUACUAACAUUCCUUUUAUAAAAGGUGUGGCCUGAUGGAAUGGGAAAGGGUCCUUGUUUUGAUGUAUAGCUAUUCCAGUUUGCAUCUGAGUUUGAGUGGAUGUGCCACUUAUUAAGGCUGAUCCACCCAACCUCUCACUGAGUCAGUCGCUAUCUAGCAUAAUAUUCAACCACAGGAACAAGCUAGCGCUUACACAAGCUGACGAGGAAGAAACUUGAAUACUCAACUCCAUACCAAUCAUGGAUAAACUAAAUAAAUAUAUUUAUUUAUAGAUCUAUAUCUAAAAAGGGGAUCAUUUCAGUGAAGGAUAAGAGCUAUAGUAAUCUUGGGAGAAUGUAUUUGUGCUAUGUAAAUAUCAACAUUAUAAAUAAUGAUUUCAAUUCAACUUAUGUGUAUGGACAGUUGAAUAAUUUUGUACUCAAUAUAAGCUCUUAUGCAAACUAUGUUGAGGUCAGAAAUAUUCAACUCAAAUUUAUCAGAGUUGUAUUUGUAGCAGCCAGUAGUUCAGUCCACCUUUCACUUUUCAAAAAAUGUUUAUUUUUGUUUUGUUGUUUUGUUUGAUUUAUUUAUCUAUUUAUUUAUUUAUUGUUUGUUUGUGUAUCUAUUUUGUUUUCAUGCUAUCAUUUUGCAAACAUCUGGUGUGUUAAUUUUAGAGGAAGAAACUUUUUCAUUCGUCUUUUUUUUAUUGUUGUGACUGUUUGUUGGGAGGAGCCCUUGUAGAUGAAACAAGAGAGUUUAAAAGCAAAAAGGAAGUUGUAUAGAAAUAGCUGGAGUAAGAGAAGAGAAGAGAAGAGAGGAGAAGAGAAGAGAAGAGAAGAACAAGAGGUAGAGGAGAAUGAUACAGUGAGGUGUGCAGAAAGGGCACUUGUGGAUUACCGGAGCUGCGGCUGAAUUGACUUGCCGGGUUUACUGUCUUUGAUGAAUGAAUAUUGUCCUAUUUAUGUUAUACAGUAAGUGGCAUACGUGUCAUCCAGAACCAUUCAUUGUGUUGUCUUUUAUAUUUGAUUCCUGAACUAUUAUUGUAGACAGUUGUACACAGAAUGACUGAAUACCUCCACUGAAGCUGAGAUGAAACAGGCACACAAGCUGAAGAGCAGCAAAAGUAACUAGCAUGGUCUUAUCUAUGGGAUGCUUUAACAGCCGCUAUGCUCUUGCCAUUGAUGGUCUAUAAGAGGACUUGUCAUUUUCAGACAAGGCAGAUACGAAAUCCUUUAGUAUUUUUAUGGCUUACAAACUUUUUAUUCUUGUUACAGUAUAUCGGGGGUGUCUUUUUGCUCUCUAGAUGUCGACUACUGCGCCAGUCUCUAACUCCUUAAGCGUGGACUGCAUGUGUUUACCUCCUCUCUGUCAUAUAACCCGAAGCAGUCACAGCAUGUCAGUAGAACCAGCAAAAAAAAAAAAACAGCUUCAGAGAGACAGCCUGACAACACUAUCUAGUUGCAUUAUACGAUCCCUUUAUGCAAUGAAUGUAAAGUGAAACAGCAGUGCAGUUGGGCCUAUGGACACGCUGACACCACUGGCUGUCGCUUCCAUGUCAUGUGCCUCAGGCACAUUAAACAGUGCUGCGCUCAAUAAACUCACCCUAUUGAUUGUCACAGUAUCAUAGUUAAUCACUCAUCACAGACUUUCACGUCUGUUACUACCUCCCCUCUGCAGUGAUAGCUCAGUAUUUCUACUUUCACGGGCAUGCAUGUCUCUGAGAAGGCUCUGGCACCUACACACAUGAAUGGAGAGGAAAAGAGGGUGUUUUCCCUGCAGGCAAACUCAAUUUGCACCUACUGUGGUUGUUGGAUGUACACAACAUUAGUACCAAACGGAAGAGUUGCCAGGGCAACCAAUGCAGAUCCUCCCAUCACAGCAUUGCGCAGAACAUCAGGGCAUCAACAAACAGAAGGGUUGCUGUGGCAACUGGACUUUUACAGAACAAUCAAUGCCUUUUGAUCUGGCUACUCAUCUUCUCUAUCUUCAAACUUUCACACUACCAUUCAAGACUACAGAAAUACUCGAUAUAAUCUGUUACAAUGCAAACAACCACACAUACAUGCUCACACAUACUGUACGCACACAACCACACACACAUGCACUCACACACAACUCUACAUGUUCUCUCUUCUCAUUCUCUCUGUGUAACUCUUUCAAAUAUGCUAAAUAAAAAUAAAAAAACACUUCUUAAUGGUGGAUGAUGUUUCGUGAUACUCUAAACAGGUUCAGGUAGUGUUGUGUUAUUGUAUAUGAAGUAUUCUUAUUAGUUUUAUUGAUAAUUAUCUUCAUCCAGAGGGAAGAUUAUCCAAAAUUCUGCAGAAACUGUGUACUUACCUGAUGGAAUCCAUGUGAAACAAUAUAAAAUAAACUUUACAUUAUUACAUUGAA